GUUUAUUUACAUAACGUUAACUUGCUUCAAACCGAAGCUCUUUGCUUCCGAAAGAUAAUAUCAUAAUAAAUGGAAAGCAAUAAAUUUGUUUGCACACAGUGCCAUAAGUAAAUAGCUGCUCAGCUAUAUAUUUAUAUAUACAGUAAAUAAUUAGUUGCACAGCUGUUUUACUUCCUAAGUAUUUUAGUUGAUUCAAUUCAAUAUUUCCUGCAACAGUUUGUGGGCUGCAGGUCGCCGCACGUUCCACCAACAACUGCAAAGCGUUGACCAAAAACCAGAGUAGUGGUCGUAGAGCGCUACACCAGCGAUAAGCGGAAAAUCAAAUUCGUCAAAAAUCGCAAAAUUUCCACACAAAAGAGUCGGCGAUUUGAUAACAGUAGAGCAAAUUGUAGAAGCGGUUAACGGCAUCAAACUCGCGUGCAAAUAUGUGUGUAGAUACAUAUGUACAUAUGUAUGUAUAUACAAGCAUACAUAAUUUCGCGCAUAUUGAGUUGUGAGUGCAAGUUUUGAUUAGCUGUGUCGCACACCCGGUCGGCUGUAGCGGCGGCGCUGCUGUGGGCCAAACCGGCACCAUCAGCGCUGUGUGAAAUCAACCAACGCCUCAGUCGCGCCCAAGUGUCGUGUAGUGCCUGUUGGAAUAAUCCAACAACGGAGUAAUAACUGGUUCCAUAUUUUUUUUGUAUGAAAAGUGAACAUAUUCCUUUUAAAUAAUGUAUAUGUAAAUAAUAUAAUAUUUAUGAAUGCACGAUUUGUAGAAUUCUAUGGAGUAGGCGGCGGCGCAUCACUUCGAAUUAACGACGUAGCUAAUAUAAAUUGCUUUGACGUGAUUGAAAGUGUAUAAAAAAUCAAAGCAACAACAAAACUAACAAUCAAAUCAAGCUAAACGGUAAUAAAGAAAAUAUACAACACAAUAAAUAAUUGUCAUAAAAUUUUUUUUGAAGAAAACAACAACAUAUUAUAAUGGUAAACAUUUGUUUGGAUAAUUAAAAUUUAAAUAAUCAUUCAUAUAACAAGUGAAAGAAAUUAACCAAACAAAAAAAAAAAUAAAAAGUAGCAUUCUACUCGCAAAUAUGCCAACGACUUGCCAAUUUAAAUUUUCGCGCACAACGCCGAUUUACUACAGUGGUGAGCAAAUAAGUGGCCUCAUUGUAUUGAGCAGCACAAAACUUCUGGCAAUUGAAGACAUAAAAAUUGCUUUGGUUGGCGUUGAGCAAGUGGAGUGGCUGGAGAAGAGCAGAGAAGCAUUACUAGUACACAAUGACAGUACUGAGAAGGACAACAAAGUGCUUUACAGCGACAAGCAGGAGCGCUUAUAUGAGUCCUGUACAAUUACGAAGCGCACCAGCUUACAAGCGGCGGAAGUUUGUGUGCAAAAUUUCAGCUUCGAUUUGCCUUAUGAUGCGCCAGCUAGCUGUAUUAUGCAGUAUGGUCAGCGUUUUUAUUGCGUACGUGUAACGUUGCAAUGUAAAGCGGUGUCCGAUAAAGUUUACAAUGCGCGCAUUACAGUGAAAAACCGCGUGGACUUAAGCGCGGCGCUAGAGUUGAGUGAGCCCCAUACGCUGACCAACGCCAACGUAGCAACGCCAGCCGCUCACGCGCUAUUACGCUUUACACUAUCCACUGGCACUGGCUAUGUGCCGGGCCAAAAUAUUGCCUACACACUAUGCGGUCAGCAUAAAUUUGCCGCAUGCAACAAGUUACAUGUGAAUCUAUGUCAGCACGCCACAUUUCGUGCUUUCAAACCGCAAGCGAAAUGCAAAGAAUAUCUCAAAGUAUUAAAUACUGAUGUACAGAAAAUAAGUUCAUCAUACGUCAUGGUAUCCGGUCAAUUGUGUAUACCAUUAGCGGCACACAUUUGUUGGGACGGCAAUGCAAAAAAUCUCAUACAAAUAAGUUAUCAUAUUGAAGCAGUGCUCGUCAAUAAAAAACGCAUUUUACAGAAGUUGAUUAUACCCAUUGUACUAGGUACAGUGCCACCGAAAAGUGUGCGGGUCAACAGUAUGCAGCAUAACGUUGAGGAUUUAAAACAAUAUCACUGCUACGAUAAUUUUGCUGCUGAUGAAUUAAUCUGUGAUAAAACAAAUGAAAACUGUGUAAAGGAGACCGAUAUGCUCUAUUACUUGCCCGAUUAUGCCUCAGUGUUGCUUUUAAACACCUUAUCAACAUCAGCCAACGUGUUGCAGACACAAGUUGCAAACCAUAAUUGCGAGCAAGACUCUUGCACUGCAGAUAUUUGUAAAGAAUUACAACAACAAUUAUUGCAUAAUAAAUGUGCAGCAUGAGAUGAUAAGCUAUUAAAAACAGUUUAUAAACAAAAAAUGUAUAUAAAUAUUUUCUUGUUCCCCUUUUAUCAUUUAUAUUAAUUGUAUUUUAAUGAUGUUAUAAUAGAAAUAAAACUAGCUAUUGUUGUCAAUAUUUGCUUUAAUAAAGAAAUAAAAAUUUCUGCACUU